CUUCACGUGAUAUCUAAUCACGUGAAGUAUAUCGGCCGCUUAAUACCUUACUAACGGGUUGGGAGCAAAAAAACCAGUCACGUUAGGGCUACGGCAGCUAACCCUAGUCUAGCCCUAGCACCACAACCACUCGACGAGAUGCUCUUCCAACUAAGUGCACAGCUCUCAAUAGUUGGCUCGGUACAUCACGAAGGUCUACAUUGUCGAACAAGAAAUGGGUUCCAAAUUUUUGAAGCAGGGCAAAGUUGCCAUCGUUGUCAACGGCCGAUACGCCGGCAAGAAGGUCGUUAUUAUCAAGCCCCAGGACGACGGCACCAAGAGUCAUCCGUUCGGACAUGCUCUCGUCGCUGGUGUUGAGCGCUACCCUUUGAAGGUCACCAAGGGAAUGGGAUCCAAGAAGGUUGCUAAGAGAUCGAAGAUAAAGCCAUUCAUCAAAGUUGUCAACUACAACCACCUCAUGCCCACUCGAUACACCCUUGACUUGGAGUCAUUGAAGAACGUCGUCUCCAACGACACCUUCAAGGAGCCUUCCCAGCGUGAGGACGCCAAGAAGGCCAUCAAGAAGGCUUUCGAGGAGAGAUACCAGAGCGGACGAAACAAGUGGUUUUUCACCAAGCUGCGCUUCUAAACAGGGGAUACCAAAAAUUUGUGAUGUCAAAGAAUGUUUAUUGUUUUGACUGGACGGGGGCCAUCUUAAAAAGAAAAAAACUAGGAUGCCGUUAAAAUAGUUCUUGUAUUCUACUAGUAAUAUAUUUAUGCCGA